AGCACUGCAUGGCAUCGGAGCAUUACAGCUUUAUGCUUGAUUUCAUGUCUGUAAAUCCAAGCAAAUAUCCUUGGAAAACGUGUGUCAGCGACGCAGUAAGUUAUCCUGUGCAAAUUCCUAACCAGACUGCUACUUGGAACACAAACGGACCUGAGUUGGCAGCAAACUCUCCAAACUGCACCUAACCAAUGUCUGAAGUCUUGACGGGUAUGGUCGCAUGAGUUUCUGAAGAAUCAAGAUGCAGAGUCUGCAGAGGAUUUAGCCCAGCCCAUACAGAGGCGGCUUAUACUGGUAGAGAAACAAUCUUCUACAUCUGUCAAAAUGGAGAAGGACGGUAUGAAGAUAAUCAACAAAGGGCUGGAGGAUGAGAUGGAGGUGUGGGGCUACUGUGUGAGCCGCUGGAGGCUAGUCUUGGUGUGCGUGGGGACCCUGUGCACCGGGGGUCUCCUGCUGCUGCUGCUCUACUGGCUACCUGAGUGGGGCGUGAAGAGCACCUGCACACCCUGCCCUCUCAAAGACGCCCACAUUCUGCUGCUCAGAUCCACAGAUGAGUUCCAAAGCUGGUUCCGAGUUCGGGUGCAUCUGAUGCAGGCUCCGGGGCACAGCCCUUUUGAUGCCGUGGAUCUUCAGACCUCACCAGCCAAUGGGAAUGGGGGAAAGCCAUACCCUGACGUCUCACUUACAGAACCUCAGACCUUGCAGAUUCGUUACUUCACCCAUCACAGCAUGCAAUACUUCUGGAACGAUACAAUGCAGAAUUUUGAAGUGAUAAAUGGCAUGGAGGACCUGAGGCUGAGCUGCUCCUCGCUUCUCUCCGAGUACAGCACAGGACUCAGCAGACCCCAGCAGGAGUACAGGAAACAGUUUUUUGGAGAAAAUGAAAUUGCUGUGCGAGUACCUUCUAUAUUUAAGCUGCUAAUUAAAGAGGUGCUGAAUCCGUUCUACAUUUUCCAACUCUUCAGUGUGAUCCUGUGGAGUGCUGAAGAGUACUACUACUAUGCUGCGGCCAUUGUCUUCAUGUCCGUCAUAUCCAUAGCUAUUUCUCUGUACACCAUUAAAAAGCAAUAUGUGAUGCUACAUGACAUGGUGGCGGCCCACAGCAUUGUUCGUGUGUCAGUUUGCAGAGGGAAGAAAGAAGUGGAGGAGGCCAUGUCCACAGACCUGGUUCCUGGGGACGUUAUUGUGAUCCCAACCAAAGGGACCAUCAUGCCCUGUGAUGCAGUGCUCAUCAGUGGAACAUGCAUUGUGAAUGAGAGCAUGCUCACAGGGGAGAGUGUGCCUGUAACCAAAACCAGCCUGCCUAACUCAGAAGUGGAGGGCAGGGAGUUGUACAGCUCUGAGCAGCACAAGAGACACACUCUGUUCUGUGGAACCCAGGUCAUCCAGACACGGUUCUACUCCGGGGAACUGGUCAAGGCCCUGGUGGUCCACACUGGCUUCAGCACAGAGAAGGGGCAGCUGGUCCGCUCAAUCCUCUACCCCAAACCCACCGACUUCAAGCUGUACAGGGAUGCCUACCUCUUUCUGCUUUGCCUGGUGGGAGUGGCAGGGAUUGGGUUCAUUUACACCAUUGUCCUCAGCGUGAUACACCAGGUGCCUGCUAAGACCAUAAUCAUUGAGUCUCUGGACAUCGUCACCAUCACCGUGCCUCCUGCCCUGCCGGCGGCCAUGACUGCUGGCAUUGUGUACGCCCAGCGAAGGCUCAAGCGCGUGGGCAUCUACUGCAUCAGUCCCCAGAGGAUCAACAUCUGUGGGCAGCUCAACCUUGUCUGCUUUGACAAGACAGGCACACUCACUGAAGAUGGCUUGGAUCUCUGGGCUGUUCACAGAACUGAACGUGGAAGGUUUAUCCAACCAGAGGAGGACACAGGUACGGAGUGUGAGGUGGAGUCUCCGUUCCUGGCCUGUAUGGCUGCCUGCCACUCCCUGACCAAGAUUGACAGAGAGUUGUCGGGCGACCCGCUGGACCUGAAGAUGUUCCACGCCACUGGAUGGAUACUGGAGGAAGCCACAGAGGAGGAGACGUCCCUCCACAAUCCCAUAAUGCCCACUGUGGUAAGGCCACCCAAACAGCCACAAGGCAAACGGUCCACUCUCUCCGAGGUCACACCAACUGCAGAUCAAAGCAUGGAGCUGUAUGAGCUGCCUGACACCUAUGAGCUGGGGAUCGUGAGGCAGUUCCCCUUUUCCUCUGCGCUGCAGAGAAUGAGUGUGGUGGUCCGGCGGCUCGGGGGAAAGCACAUGGAGGCCUACCUCAAGGGGGCACCAGAGGUGGUGGCCAGCCUCUGCAACAGCUCUUCAAUUCCAGAGAACUUCACUGAGGUUCUGGAGGGAUACACCAGCCGGGGCUUCCGGGUCAUUGCCUUGGCACACCGCCAGCUGGAGGCCAAACUGACCUGGCAUAAAGUGCAGAGCCUCAACAGAGACCACAUAGAGAGUAACAUGGAGUUCCUGGGCCUCAUCAUCAUGCAGAAUAAACUCAAGCCAGAGACGGCAGAGGUUUUGGAAGAUUUGCGGCGUGCAAACAUUCGCACUGUGAUGGUUACAGGUGACAACCUUCUGACGGCCAUCUCCGUGGCCAGAGACUGUGGCAUGAUCGGUCCUCAGGAGAGGGUCAUCGUUGCGGAUGCGCAGCCUCCCGGAGGGGGCCAUGCAGCUGUGGUCCUCUGGCACUACACAGACAGCCCCACGGCACCGGCCAGUAAAAAUGGCCAUUUCCAGCUGGUGGACGUGGAGUCUGAUGGAGCUCUGUCCAACGGCAGGCUGAGGGAACAGUACCACUUUGCCAUGAGUGGGAAGUCUCUGGCUGCCAUUAUAGAGCACUUCCCAGAUCUCGUCCCAAAGCUGGUCCUCAGAGGGACUGUCUUUGCUAGAAUGGCUCCUGACCAAAAGACCCAGCUGGUAGAGAUUCUCCAGAGCGUGGACUACUUUGUGGGCAUGUGUGGGGAUGGUGCAAAUGAUUGUGGUGCCCUGAAGCGAGCCCAUGGGGGCAUCUCCCUGUCUGAGCUGGAGGCCUCAGUCGCCUCCCCAUUCACCUCCACUACGCCCAACAUCUCCUGUGUCCCCAACCUCAUCAGGGAGGGUCGUGCUGCGCUCAUCACGUCCUUCUGUGUGUUUAAGUUCAUGGCCCUGUACAGCAUGAUCCAGUACCUCAGUGUCACACUUCUCUACUCGAUCCUGAGCAACCUGGGUGACUUCCAGUUCCUCUUCAUUGAUGUGGUUAUCAUUCUCAUCAUAGCCUUCACAAUGAGCCUUAACCCUGCGUGGAGGGAGCUGGUGGCCCAGCGGCCCCCCUCUAGCCUCAUCUCCGGCCCACUGCUCUUCUCCGUGCUCACCCAGAUCCUGGUGUGCCUCGGCUUCCAGGCCUCCGCCUUUGUCUGGGUGCAGCACCAGAGCUGGUACGAGAAAUGGACGCCACUCUCAGAUGCUUGUAAUAGAUCUCGGGUAGGACUCUCCAUCGAUCCAAACGUAACUCAUCCCGUAGACCACAAGAACAUCCGGAACUACGAGAACACCACCCUGUUCUACAUCUCCUCAUUCCAGUACCUGGUGGUGGCCAUCAUCUACUCUAAAGGGAAGCCCUUCAGACAGCCCAGCUAUAAAAACUGGCCUUUUGUGUUGUCCUGUAUUAGCCUGUACAUCUUCCUCUUCCUCAUCAUGUUAUUUCCUGUUCCAGCGAUUGACAACUUUCUGGAGAUCGUUUGUGUUCCUUAUGAGUGGCGAAUUACCAUGGUGAUCAUCAUUUUGGUUAAUGCAGUCGUGUCAUUUGUCUUGGAGACUUUGGUCCUAGACAUCAUCUUAUGGAGGCUUGUAUUCAGCCAAGACAAGCUGGAAAAGGAUGGGGUGGCCCCAGCUACUCAGAACACUCAGCUAAGCAAUGACCGGUGGGGGUCCAGAUUCCUUGCUUGGCUGUUUUGUCGGAACAGGAAUGCUCCUAAGACGCGCUACAUCCAGCUGGCCCAGGAGCUACAGGACGACCUGGACUGGCCCCCUCGACCCCAGACCUGCACCUAUGGCAAGGCACCCCAUCACUCCAUCAUCCUCUGACCCAUCACUUCUUUGUCUUUGAAAUCCGGCCUUAGAUGACCAGACCGUGGGAGAACCAGCAUGUGUGUGCCCAGAUGUUUACACAGGUCUUCGAUUUACCCCAACCCAUCACUGAAUGUAUCCGCCCAAAACACCUUAGGAGCAAAGUACUGCACGCUCCACUGCCAGGUUCCUUCAUCAUCAGUGUUGGGGUUAGCAGAGUUCUUCUUAAGAGCCCUGUGCCAACCCAGCUUGUGUCGCAGGUGUCAUUCUUUAUAUAGCGGGUUGUUGUUAGAUGUCUGACUGCACUUUAAUGAUCUGAGACUGAUGAACCACGGUAACACAUCAGGGCCACUCUCAUACAGUAUGUCAAAGAUUGACAGUUGAUUCACUUGCCAGUUCAUUGGCAACUCCAAUGACACGUAUAUGUAAGUUUGAUGUCCCAGAAGACAAGAAUUUUUAAACAAGACUUUUUGUUUAUUUUAUGUUUCUAUAUUUUCCUAUCUAUUUUAACAUGAUACACACGCUACAUCAUCUCUACUUUUUGUAUUACAAAUUGGACAAAUGGAACAGUUGUCAGGUUUUCUUAGUGAAAUUAAGACCGAAUAUGUUGAAACUACUGUCAUUACUCUACUGAUGUGAGGGUUUCAUUUAUCAUUGUUCAUGAUGUUUGAAGUUCCGAAUUUGUUUAGAUUCAUUUUGCUUUAUCAGGACAUUUUAUAUCAUGCAUAUUGCCUUUUGCAUCUCUUCCUGUGGAAGAAGAUUAUUGCAGUAAUCAAGUAGAAUGAAUUGUCUGACUUCAUCAACACUUUCUCUUCUUUUUCUGUCUUUCUCUGUAUCUGUGUGAUAAAGAAUGUGAGUGGGAAGACACAUGGGGGAAAGGGAAACUGUUUUGGCUACGUAUAAGUAUAUAUACUUUUUUGAUCCCGUGAGGGAAAUUUGGUCUCUGCAUUUAACCCAAUCGGUGAAUUAGUGAAACACAAACAGCACACAGUGAACACACAGUGAGG